AUGUUAAACCUCUUGUGGCGCAACAUUGUCGAGUUCUGCGAACAGGAAUCUGAAAGGGACACCAUAUCCAUAUCGCCGAGCCUCAGAAAACCAUUCCUGCAUGAUAUCCGGCACUUGAAGUAUGGGAAAUGGUUACGGUUGGAAAACAACCGGCGAUUGAUCUCUGGGCCAGACAGCCUCGGUAGAAGUCCACUACACGUUGCGAUAGCGAUCACACACUGGGAGCAUUCCUUGUGGGACAUGUUACGAAGUCCCAACGUUGACCUCAAUGCGCGAGACCUAUUUGGUCGCACUGCGCUGCAUGUUGCCUGCGACUCGCGGGAAGCGCAGAUUCCUUCCGUGCAAAACCGUGCGGUCAGGCAGCUACUGGACUUUGACCUUGUGGAUAUCUUCGCAGAAGACUUGGACGGGUUCCUCCCAAUCGACUAUGCGAUUCAGGACCGGCGACUUGAUAUCUUGGAAACGUUCCAAGACAGCUUGCGUGUCAAACAAGACAGCCCUAUGGCUGAUCUCAUCGUUGCUGCCAUCUUUAAUCUCGAAGCUUGUGAUUUGUCUAUGAAGUCGCAUCGCAUCAUCUAUGAGGAGCGGAGGCGGGCAUUUGGCGUCAGAGAACCCUCUGUUUCCUCUGAAAGUGCUAUCUCCUCUAGUGAUUAG